ACUAGUAUUAAUUUGGUUUUAUUAAAUAGAUGAAAACAGUGCAUUUUAAAUUUUGUAAUUUAAAAAAUAUUAAAUUUCUUUUGUAUUGAUUAUUAACGAUUUUAAUUUUGUGUUUUAGAAAUGGAUUCUGAAACAGUCGUUGACUUGACACAAUCCGAAGAGCAUUCUUCAAUACUACGUAAGCUUCUAAGUACUCCUCCACCUCCACCACUUAAACAGCAACAGCAACAGCAACAGAAACAGCAACAGAAACAGCAACAGCAACAGCAACAGCAGCUGACACAACAACCGUCUACUUCUUCAUCUUUCGCUAGUAACACUCUAAAAUUUAUUCGACUGUCGGAAAAUGGAUUUCCACCCGAACGUUGUUCACCAUUAGCUGCGGGCUUUGAUUUAAGAAGUGGAGAAAAUCCAUCAGGUGUGUAUCUGGGCCAGCCACCAUAUGAGUAUCAGGAGCAGCCACUAGGUGAGUAUCAGGAGCAGCCACCAGGUGAGUAUCAGGACCAGCUUGAAUACCAGGGGCAGGCACCUGAUGAGUAUGAGGACCAGCCACCAGAUGUUUAUACGUCAUCUAUGUAG